AUGCAAGUGCCGAACAGACCAGUUGGAGCUUACGGAUACCCCAUGCGUAAUUACGCAGCAGCAUCGCUGUACCCACAGUACCAGGGGAGCCAGUGCGCGCUGACAACGAAGCCUCCCAGUGGGAAAUCUUUCACCAUUGAUGCUUUGCUCGCCAAGCCGGAAAACACAAGCAGCUGCCGGGCGAGUCCUCCUCAGUGCGGAGAGAAAUAUCACCCAGCAAUCCCCGGGCUGCCUCUCACCGGAAACGUAGGCUUACCGAUAGCAACAGCACCGUACGUCUACUCUCCGAACAUGUUGCACCCAGCGCUCCACACACAACCUGGAUAUUCAGUCUACUGCUGUCCGCCUUUCACCUACCAGUCAUCGUGUCGGGGAGCAUUUUACGCACAAGCUUCCAUGUCUAAAGUGAACGCAGGGCUGCAUUCGUUCAAAAAUAAAGGGGGGAAGUCGAAACGAAUGCGCACCAGCUUCACCAGCGAGCAGCUCUCCCGGCUGGAGAAGGAGUUUGCCCGGCAGCAGUACAUGGUCGGAUCGGAGAGGUUCCUCCUGGCCUCCGCUCUGCAGCUCACAGAAGCUCAGGUCAAAGUCUGGUUCCAGAACCGACGCAUCAAGUGGCGCAAACAGAGUCUGGAGCAGCAGCAAGCCAAGCUGGCCAAACUGGGUCUGGCUGCUCCGCCCAAAAGUCCCGGAUCUCAAGGGCACGGAGAUGAUGAGGAUGAGGAGUUCUCCGACCUGGACGUGGAUAUCGACGUGUCUGAUGACUCUAUUGACCACUGUUGACCACCGAACGCCAACUGGACUUUCUGAGACAAAAAUAC